CCUACACAAUACACACAGUACACCACAGUCACUGUGUAGUAGCUAAUUAGAUUAGGUUGGCUAAGAGAGCUGCUCCAUGAACACAAGCGCCCCUGACUACUAGAGCUAGCUGCUACCAAGGCCGGCCCUGCGUCUACUAGAGCACGUACGGGGGACCAACUACUAGUCUCCUACCCACUCCUAAAAUACUACUAGUACCGAGGUGAAGAGUAAGAGCCGUCCAAGACUGACAGAGGAUGCGAGUCACAAUGCCUGGACCUCCUCAGUGUAGCAGCAGCGGAGGGCCCACCACUACCACAUGCACACAGCCGUCCUCUGUCCAAGUCAAGGCCAGCUCUAGUCCUGAUCGUGGCCAGUGUAUGCUUCAGGCACACGUGGGCUCUCAGAGGAGAGGAGACUACAAUGGUCGACCUCCAUCUAUUGAUAUCCAUGCUGACAGUGUUCAUACUGACAGUGUCCUGGACAAGCGUCCUUACUCUGAAGGUGAUGACUCAGCACAUCCGUGUGGCUCACCCACCAAGAUUCGUCGCCGUGAGAACAAGUCAGAGUCAGGGUUUGUGUUCCAUCACCCUCCUCCUGGACUAGCCGAGUAUCCCCACACACCCACCUAUCAGCAGCCAUUCAUCAUGGAGGAGGCAUUGUGGCCGCUCACACCUGGCACACCAGGCACACCCCCACCACUCACGCCCACCUACCCUCACCGCUUCCCACACCCACCUAAUUACCCGGGUCAUGUGAUGUAUCAUCCGGAUCACAUGAUACUACAGCAACCUCCAGAGACUAUCGUAUAUCAGCCGCCCGGAGGAAUGCUAUCUCCCGUACCCCCGGUACAUGCCACACCCCUUUACAUGCCACGCCCCUCUGACGCAUCUCCAGACAAGCAAACACCAGAUUCUAGACUGGACGACGCCAUAGAGAUGAUGGCUAGCCACGCCCACAACCACACCUCCUCAAUGCCUUUAGUCUUGCCGAGUCCUGACAUGUGUGACCAUAUACCCUCCCACGCACUCUCCACUGAUGAGACUAAACCCCCGCCCCCACUCAUACGCUCAGCCUCGGCAGGUGAUCCAGGUAGGGGGAGUGGGCGUAUUAGUCCGGGGGCGGAGCGUCGAAAGGUGUCAAAGCUCGGACUAGGGGUCAAGAGGAAACCUUACGUUAGCGACGAGGAACGUCACGGCAAAGAAAAGGAACGCAGGAAUGCCAACAACCAGAGAGAGAGGAUACGAGUUCGUGACAUUAACGAGGCAUUCAAAGAGUUGGGUGAGAUAUGUCACGACUACCUUCAAGUGGAGAAAGCUCAGACAAAGCUAAUGAUCCUCCAUCAAGCUGUGGCUGUUAUAGGCAGUCUAGAGUCUCAAGCACGGGAUAGGCACCUCAACCCAAAGGCAGCUUGUCUACAAAAGAUGGAGGAAGAUAAGCAAACCCUUCGAUUGACGUCCAGUUGUCCACCAACACCCACCGAGCCGGGACCCUCCACUCAACACACACGUCCACACACGCCCCCGUACUUGUCACUCCAACAGACUACACCCCCUCACACUUCUUACACAACCUCACCGCCCCCUCAAGACAAAAUUCCCCGCAAAUUGGACCCUCCCAUGAAACGAAGGAGUCCCUCUGGAAGCUUGAGCCCUACUCUACGCAAGGCACGAGGUGGGCGGAUCCUGUCCAAUGGGGGAAAUCCCUAGGGGACAGGAAAAUCCCCUCCAACAAAGGGGAGAACUCUGAACUCUGACCUAUGUGUGUCCUGUGGCAGCAUUCACUAGCUGUUAUAGAACUGCUAGCUUUGUACGAGUUUGUAUAUCGUGUGUGUAUAUUGCUGAAGAUGUCCGUGCUAUAAUUAUAUGAUAUUACUGAUUUGUACUUCUGAUAUAGCAUUUGUGUACUAUUGUAAGUAUUAUUUUAUUAUCACAACUUUAUUGUCAUUUUUGAUAAUUAAAAUGGUUUUAAAGAAUUUGUCACUGAG